CCCCCGUCUCUCUCUGCUUUUCUCACUGUCACUUUCUGCAAUCUCCCACCCCUUCCUACUCUUGACCAAUUCAUUAUUAUGCGCCCUAAUGCUCUUCUCGCCCAAAUCAAUGGCGCUCAAACCCGAUCCACUCACCCGAACCCGCAACUUCUCUGCAUGUUACCGCCACCGAGCCCAGCCCUCAACCGGAAUCUGCGCCGCGUGCUUGCGCGAACGUCUCUCCGGCGUCGACGCUUCUGCCGACCCCGAGCUCUCCUCCUUGCCCAUCAUUCCGUCCUUGCUUCCUCCCGUAUCCGGUGACGCUGGACGCAAUGCUGGAGUUUAUGGUCGUCGGAACAAAGCUGGAGAUCCCUCGUCCUCCUUCGCGCCGGAUCUCCGGCGGAGUAGGUCAGUUUCCGGUAUUCACCUUGAGGGUUCGUGUAGUUCCUCUGAGCCCCGUCGCGUGUCUUGCGAUGUUAGGGAUCGGAACACUCUCGCGCUUCUGUUUGACACCAAUGACUGUAAGAUUGGGCCCACUGCGGAAAUUGAAGAGGAAACGAAGAGCAUUGGAUGCCCCAAAUUAGGUUGUGUUUCUGGAGAACCAAUUAAGAAUGCGGAAAUUGACAGAGAAAAAAGGGUUUCUACUCCUAGCAUUCCGAUUGUGAAUGAUGUUGACAUGGAGGAAGGGGAACUCAAGACUAUGAAGGAGUAUAUCGAUCUCGAAGUCCAGUCUAGGAAUCAGAAAUCUAAAGACUUGAGGGACAUUGCUGGGAAUUUCUGGGAAGCUGCUUCAGUUUUGAGCAAGAAGUUGCAAAAAUGGAGGCAAAAGCAGAAUGCUAAUGCCAAGAGGGUUAGUUCUAAAACUCACGCUGCUCAUGGGCUUCCUAUGAUUAGAAAGAGUGGUAAGCAGAACAUGGAAAACUUCAGGGAGACGCAAUCUGAUGUUGGGGAAAACGCAAUGGGUAGAAGAUCUUGUGACACUGAACCUCGAAUUUCUGUUGAAAAUCCCCAUAUUAUGAUGAUGGAUGAGCCAAGGGCAUCUUGGGAUGGUUAUUUAGUAGCUAGGAACAUCUCUGGGCAGUCUAAUUCAGAUUCAUCUUUCUCUCAAAUGGAGACUACUUCUGACCGCUCCAGUUCUGUACUCAGUUCUGUAGAGUGUCACCAUCACGAGUCUACUAAGCCUGAAAGGGUCAAGCUGGUUAUCACAGAGAAAGAGCUAAAAGAUUGGCACCUUAAGUCUGUCAAAGAUCGUUCCAUCAAAAAGUUAGAGUCUUUCCCCACAGAAACCCCUGCUGCUGUUGAAUCUUGUAAUAAUAACAAUAAUAAUAAUCAAUGCUUGGAAAGCACAACAAAGAAGGCUUCCACGUGGAGGAAGAAAGUAUGGAAUGUGUUUGGUUUCAAGAAAAAACUCGGUGACACCAAUGGUGUAAACUUGUCAGCAGCUGGGGAAUCCAGUACACGUUUGAGUCUUGAUAAUUCAGUAAAGCCAAACAGGCUUACACGUAGCAGCAGCGUCGUUAGAGCUAGAAAUUCGACUGAUGAUAAGAUUGAAGUGAUUCCGGGUAGGAGUAGUGUUUCUGAAGGUGUUGGAUAUUAUAAUGCUAAUAAUCAUAAUAACAAUAAUGGGAGGUUUCUUCUGUCAGAAAGGAACAGGAAUGCGAAAUGUAGUUCUGGAAACUUAGAUAAUGGUUUGCUGCCAUUUUAUUUGAUGCCACUGAGGACUUCAAGGAGCAAAAAUACUAGUCGAAGUAUGCUACUCAACUCUGAUUGUAUUUCUGAAAAUGUCUUGAAUUGAAAGUGAAUGAUUGCCAAGUUGCCUUCAUUGUAUCACAAUUGUUCAUCAAAUGUUAAAGAGUAUUGUAUUAUUAUCACCAUCUUAGUUUCUUUGUAAGCUUAGUUAGUUUGCUCUGUAUAUAUGAUUUAUAUUGUUAUUAUGAAAAUAUAUAAAUUUUAGUAAAAAACAUAAAUAAAUUUGAUGUCACGAUGUGUUUUCU